AUGGAGAGCAUCCAAACCUACAAGCCCACAGUCAGUUCUGUGUCCCAGGCUCGAGUUUUACUCAUUGGACCAGUUGGAGCUGGAAAGUCCAGCUUCUUCAACUCCAUCAACUCUGUAUUCAGAGGUCAUGUCACCAGCCAGGCCAUCUCUGGUUGUUCCUCCACCAGUCUCACCACUCAGUUUCGAACCUACUCUCUGAAAGCAGGACGAGAAGGCAAACCUCUGCCAAUCGUCCUGUGUGAUACCAUGGGCCUGGAAGACAGCAAAGGGGCGGGGAUUGAUAAUGAGGACAUCAUCAGCAUUCUUAAAGGACAUAUGCCAGAUCGUUACCAGUUCAACCCUGCUGCUCCUCUGCAUGAUGACGCUCAUGGCUAUCGCAAGUCUCCAGGCAUCAAAGACAAGAUCCACUGUGUGGCCUAUGUCAUCGAUGCCUGCAAGGUUUCCAUUAUGCCCACAAAGUUGAAGGAGAAGCUGGAAGCCAUCCGCAGAAAGGCUAACCUAUUGGGCAUUCCUCAGCUGGUGCUGCUCACUAAAGUAGAUGAAGCUUGUCCUUUGGUGAAAAAGGAUCUGAGAAACAUCUACAGGAGUGAAUACAUCAAGAAAAUAAUGCAGGAGGUCAGUGCUAAGGUGGGUGUACCUCUGUCCUGCAUUGUUCCAGUGAAGAGCUACAGCGAAGAGUUGGAGGUGGACUUGAACUGUGACAUCCUGCUGCUUAGCGCCAUCAUCCAGAUGCUUCGCUUUGUUGAUAACUACUUUGAUGAGUUUAGUGACCAACUGAGCAAUGAUGAGUUAAAAAACUAAAAAUCUGUAUAAAGAAAA